AUGCCGAUAUUCCAGUGGCUUAAACGGUGUCUCUGUGGAGACACAAACAUAACUAUUGAUCAGGCAAUAGCUUUGGUUGAUGAAGAGAUCGCCAACUUGCGAAAAUUGGAGCGAGGGUAUCAAACUAAUAUCCGCAACGCAGAAAAUGCCAGAGAUCAAACUAAUGUCCAGAUAGAAAGGGACAGCUUCAACGAUACUAUUCGACUUUUACAAGCAGAGUGUAAUCUCAUCAACCUAGAGAUCCCAACCCUCAAUGAAGAGAAAUUUGCGAUUACAAGGUUGAAAUCAGCAAAACAUUUCUUUGGUGCUGUUAGUUCGCUCAAGGAAGGUAAAGCCCUAGAGUGUUGUAAAGAAAUGAUUAAGCAAGUGGAUGAAGAUGGACAUGGUAGAGUCGAUUACAAGGAGUUUCUUCAGAUGAUGAAAACUGGUGACUUUAGCAAUAGAUGA